CACACUGGGGCUGAUGGCGGCUUCUUCCUCCUCCUCCUCUUCCUCUUCUGGCAGCGAUCCGGAUCCCAACUCGACAAAUUUACGGCCACCCUCCUCAAACUAUGACUGGAGUGGAGUCGCUCAUGGAUGCACUAGGAAACUUGGAAUGAAGAUAUGCGGAUUUUUGCAGAAGAACAAUAAUGUUGACGACAAGAGCCGAAUUGUCGGGUUUUUUAACGAACAGCAGCCCAGGAGCAUUUUAACACGAGACCCUCGCUUCAGACGCACAGAGACGGACUUCUCCAAUCUAUACGCAAGAGAUCUGCUUCCUGCUAAAAAUGGUGAGGAGUAUACGAUGCAGUUCCUGUUGGAGGUGGUGGAGAUCCUCACGAACUAUGUGCGCAAGACCUUCGACAGAUCCACAAAAGUGCUGGACUUCCAUCAUCCGCACCAGCUGCUGGAGGGAAUGGAGGGCUUCAACUUAGAGCUGUGUGAUCAGCCGGAGAGUCUGGAGCAGAUCCUGGUGGACUGCAGGGACACGCUCAAAUACGGCGUCCGCACGGGUCACCCAAGGUUUUUUAACCAGCUGUCUUCAGGUCUAGACAUCAUUGGUUUAGCUGGAGAGUGGCUGACCUCUACUGCCAACACUAACAUGUUCUUCUAUGGCAUCAACUGUAUAUUUUUUUUAAUGUAUUUUAUUGUUUUUUUUUUUAAGAAAUUACACGAAACGAUCGGUCUACCUAUUUGAUGUGGUAUAAUGUGUGUUCUUGCAGGAGGAGCAAUCUCAAACAUGUACAGUGUGAUGGUGGCACGGUAUAAACACUACCCUGAGGUUAAAAUCAAAGGCAUGGCAGCGGCUCCCAGACUGGUGCUGUUCACCUCUGAACGUAGUCACUACUCUAUAAAGAAGGCCAGUGCAGUGCUGGGUUUCGGCACAGAGAAUCUGAUCUUGCUGAAAACAGAUGAGAGAGGUAGAGUGAUUCCGGCUGAUCUGGAGGCCAAAGUCAUUGAUGCCAAGCAGAAGGGGUUUGUGCCAGUGUUUGUGAAUGCUACAGCUGGAUCAACAGUUUAUGGAGCCUUUGAUCCAAUCAAUGAGAUCGCUGACAUCUGUGAGAAAUACAACAUUUGGCUUCAUGUGGAUGGUGCAUGGGGUGGAGGUUUGCUGCUGUCUAGAAAACACAGACACAAGCUGAAUGGCGUAGAGAGAGCAAACUCUGUCACAUGGAACCCACACAAGAUGAUGGGCGUUCCACUACAGUGCUCCGCCAUUCUGGUCCGAGAGAAGGGUCUUCUUCAGGGCUGUAACUCCAUGUGUGCAGGAUAUCUCUUUCAGCCGGAUAAGCAGUAUGAUGUCACCUAUGACACAGGGGACAAGGCCAUACAGUGUGGCCGCCAUGUAGACAUCUUCAAAUUCUGGCUCAUGUGGAAGUCAAAGGGCACUAUAGGCUUUGAGAAGCACAUUGACAGAUGUCUGGAGCUGUCUGAGUAUCUCUACCACAAGAUAAAGAACCGAGAAGGAUAUGAGAUGGUGUUUCAAGGGGAGCCCCAACACACUAAUGUGUGUUUCUGGUACAUUCCUCCAAGCCUGCGGCUUCUGCCAGAUGGAGAGGAGAAAAGACAACGACUUCAUAAGGUUGCCCCCAAGAUCAAGGCAAUGAUGAUGGAGUGUGGAACAACAAUGGUGGGCUACCAGCCUCAAGGCGAUAAGGUCAACUUCUUCAGAAUGGUUGUCUCUAAUCCGGCUGUAACCAGGUCUGACAUUGACUUCCUGAUCGAUGAGAUAGAAAGACUGGGACAGGAUUUAUAGAGUGCACAGGGCUGGAAAUGCAGUAGAUGUUAGUAAAUUCUGUAGAAAUAUAGGAAAUGGAGAAGACGUUUUGAAGUAUUGUAUCAGCUGGACAUUCUAGAGUAUUAGUCCAAUGAGGUGCACUAGAAUAAUGAAACUCUCGGAUUUCUAGAAUGUUCCACUAGGAAACUGGCCAUUCCAGAAUGCAGAGGUGGUGAGCUCUUAAAGCUAUAAUUUCAUAAUGAAGGAUCAGAUUUCCGCCUAUGACAUUAUAUGUCCUCUCUUCUUCCCUUCCCCCUGUUCUCUUGUCUCCUGUCUAUUGUGUUCUUUCUAUUGUAACACUUUACAAUAAGGUUCCCUUUCUGGUUAACUACAUUUGUUAACAUGAACUGACAUUGCCAAAUACUUCAUGCAUAUUUUAAUCUUACUUUGUUAUUUUUAA